AUGGACCCAUCAUUCGAGCAGUACGGCAACGUUACUACACAUUCUGAUGCCUACAGUUUCGGUGUGCUGCUGCUUGAGGUAGUAUGUGGCGUAGCACCGAUCCUGAUUGGCAAUCCCCUGAGAAACAGCCUCAUUGAGAAUGUUCAGGAAUGUCAUGGGAGAAGUGCAAUUCUCGAUGCAGCUGACAAACGGCUGAGGGGCAAGUACAACAUACUGGUUGGAAUAGCCUCGGGUCUUGAUUACCUCCAUAAUCAAUGUAUGAAAACCAUCCUGCAUAGGGACAUCAAGCCAGCUAAUGUGAUGCUGGAUAUGGACUUCAAUGCUAAACUGUGUGACUUCGGUUUGGCGACACAACUUACCUGUGCCGCAACCUCGCGCUCAACAAAUAACAUUUUUGGAACACAAGGCUACAUGGACCCAUCAUUCCAGCAGACCGGCAAGGUUACUAGAGACUCUGAUGUCUACAGCUUCGGUGUGCUGCCGCUUGAGCUCGUGCGCGGCUGCUACUUCAUGGGCCAGCACAGCCGGGGACUCCCCCGGUGCAAAAUCCGGGCUGUUUGCGACAAUAAGAGUGUGAUAUUGCGACAAUCGAGAGUUUGGGCUAGCCAUUUCAGUAUUUAUUCCCCCACCAGUUUUAAGAGGGUUCUAGAACAUUUCCUGAACCAGUUUUUUGUCAAUAUUGCGACAAGACGCACCAAAAUGCAUUCACGUGAAGAGAAAUGCAAGCAAUUAGAUCUUGAAAAGAAGAAAGCUGGGAAGAAAGCAGAGUUUGAGAAAGCCAAGGGAGAAUUGAAAAAUGAAAUGUUGAAGUGGGAAUCUGAAAAUGAGAUAUCAGAGAGGGAACUGGAAAAUGAGAAAGCUAUGCUUAGUCAUGAUAUCAAAGAGCUAGACAUCUCACUUUGA